AUGAAGAUAUGUAUAUCGGAUGAGAGUUGUGUUGAAGGUGAUUAUUUGCAAAUCGGAUACACGAAUCAAACAGUUGGUUCACGUGAUUUUGCAUCAUCAAGUUGUGGAAAGGCUGAUUUGUUAUUCGAAAACAACAAGGGUAUGGUUAUUGAUGACAAGAACCAAAAAGUAGUUGUCGUCGAUCAAGUAUACAAGGAUAAAUAUACAUUAAAAGCUGUGAUGGUGAAUUAUGCAAUUACGAACAGGUUCAACUAUCGGACAGAAAGGAGCAAUGCAAUAAGCUACACUCUUGUGUGCAUAUCAGGAGAGUGUGAUUGGAAAUUCAGGGCGUCAAGUGUCGGUAAGUUAGGAAUGUUUAGAGUUAGGGAGUUUCAAGACAAACAUACAUGUCCAUUAAAGGAAAAAGUUUAUUCCCAAGGCCAAGCUACAAGUCGGUUGAUAAGUGAGAUUGUCAAACCAAAAAUAUCAAAUCAUAAGAGGAAAUAUACACCUAAAGACAUUGCGGAGGACGUCAAAAAUGAUUUUGGAAUGGAUGUGUCAUACAUGGUUGCUUGGCGGGCCAAAGAAAGGACGAUGAACGAUUUAAUGGGUGAACCGGCUGAAUCUUAUAAAAGAGUACCUGGAUAUCUAUACAUAUGGGAUAAGACUUAUCCGGGUUCACAUAUUAGAAUGCGUAAAACCUGCAAAAAUGAAUUUCUGUAUGUUUUUAUAGCACUAUAUGCAUUUAUCAAAGGCUUUGAUUAUUGUCGGCCAAUUGUGGUGGUUGAUGGAAGCCACUUAAAAACACCAUACAAUGGAACAUUUGUCUUGGCAAGCACAUUAGACGGUGCAGACAACAUACUUCCCUUAGCAUAUGGUGUGAUUGAUUCUGAGAAUGACAGAUCAUGGACGUGGUUUUUUGAGCGUUUCAGAGAAUCAUAUGGAAUUAGAGAGAAUAUGUGUAUCGUAUCAGAUAGGCAUGAAAGUAUAAACAAGGCUGUUUGUCGAAUUUAUCCAGAAGUUGCACAUUAUGCAUGUAUUUGGCAUCUGUGGGGUAAUGUAUGUAAAAAAUACAAGAAGAGCCAUGAUAUGCUGAGUCCUGUUUUUUAUUCCAUGGCAAAGGCAUACACGCAGGAUGAUUUCGAUGAGUUAAUGGGAAAGGUUCAAAAGGUAGAUAUGCGCGUGGCAGGGUAUUUGGAAUCGGCUGGUAGAGACAAGUGGGCUAGAUUGUAUGCAUCUAUUAAUCGAGGGUGGACAAUGACUUCUAACAUAGCAGAGUGCAUUAACCGACAUCUUCUAGCAGCUAGAGAACUGCCUAUAUAUGACUUUCUCGAAGAAGUUAGAAGGAUGUUUGGGAGAUGGAAUUACAAUAACCGGAGAAAUGGAACAUACACGUUCACUACACUCGGUAAAAAGUUUCAGGAGAUGCUAUCAAUCAACGAGUAUCUAUGUCUACGAAUGACGGUAGAACCGUCAACCGAAUUCGUGUACACAGUACAUGAUGGAGGACGGCGAUUCAUUCUUAAUUUGAAUAGCAAAACUUGCAGUUGUCGUAUGUUUCAACUAGAUGAAAUCCCCUGCCCGCAUGCAUGGGCUGUCAUUAAAAAGAAAAAUCUGGUUGCUGAGGAUUAUUGCUCUGAUUUGUUCAAACCGGAGACCGUGUUGAAGACAUAUGAUGUACCUGUGGAUCCUCUACCCGACGAGCGUGAAUGGAACAUUCCCAAAAACAACUUGGAGGAUGUGGUUUUGCCACCAAGAUACAAGAGACCGCCUGGUAGGCCAAAGAAGAGGCGUGAUAAGCCUUUAAGUGAAUUGUUGUUUGGAAAGAGCAGACAUGCUUGCAGUACUUGUGGACAACUUGGGCACAAUAGACGUUCAUGUAGUUUUGAGCCUAUGAGGAAGUGA